AUGGCCACAUUCGCCAUGAAUCGUAGAGUUCGAAGUUCUUGCAGAUCACCAGCGAAAAGAGAAGAGGUUUUCUACAGAUACUUAAAGCCAGGGGCACUUGCCCAACUUAGGGACUCGAAAAUCAAUGCCAGAUCUCAGAGACGGGACUUACAAACUCAGAUCCAUCUUUAUCGAGUUACUUCGUCGUCGUUGGCGUUGUCGACUGGAACCAAUAUACAGCCUCAGAUCGAUGGCUUCCCUUGUUUUGUUGGGAGGACUUAUGGCCCUAGAUGCCCACAAAGGAAGAAGCUUGUUGCGGCUAAGUCUUUCUAUUUUUUGAGUUCUAACCCUUCUAGUCCCGUUCCAGACACUCGAGAGUCUCUCUUAGAUGUAUUGAGUACCGAUCUUGUUGUUUCUCAUUGA